UCAUAUCAAAGGCGGAAGUGGUUGUGCAGCUGCUGUGCACCGUUAGUUUAGUUAUGUUGUACUGGAUUGUUAGAUUUUACGGAUUUUAAAGUAUAUUAUUAAUGUUUUUAUGAGGUGUUUGUUAACAGAAGAGGCUGUUUUAACUGUGGUAAGUUUUCUCGGAGGCGGAAGACCAUUGAGUGGCGAAUCAACGACGCUGUGGCUGUAAACGUCCGCAUGGAGAGUGAGGCAGGCAUGGAGAACCGAACACCGCUGGGCACGCUGACUCCCUCGCAACAGAACGGCGAAAACGGGGCUCUGGAUUUCUCCAAGCUCACGCCGUCUCAGUUCGGCAUUACCCCGAACAGUUUCACAGCUUUCCCCAAAGACAAAGAUAAAUCCAGAGUGGCACAGCUGAAGGCGAGGAGGAGAUCCACAAUCGGCGUGAGAGGAUCCCCUGAAACCAAUUCUCUUAUCUGCUUCAGAGCCAAGCAGGCCAUGAAGACGCCUCCUCGCACCCCUCCGCACUUGUUGGAGAGUCCGCUGUUUUCGGGCCGCGACUCCAUAAAGCAGAAGAUGGCUGCUUUCCAGCGUCUGAUGGGAACGGACGAGGAGAAUACGGGACGCUCUGCCUCGCUGAUGAAGGAGGGGAAGGAGGAAGAGGAGGAGGAGGGAGCGAGACACACCCAGUCUGAUGCCGAUGGCGGUUCGGAGGAGAGAGAGAACCGGCUCGCUCCUGUAACCCCUCCUCAGCCGAAGAGACGCCGCAGGGGAACGCCUCACCGCGGUUUGUGGGAGGAGCAGAUCGAGGAGGAGGAGCCGCUUUCCGAGCUCACGCACACUCCCAAACACGAGCAGCAGGUGGAGUUCAAAAGCCCGAAGAUGGCACCGAGUCUGGGUUUGGGUUUGAGUUUGGGUUUGGACUCGCAGUCUCAGCUCAUGUCUUUACCCAUGCUGUCAAAGCCCGAGCUGAUCAAAACAGGUGACGUCGAGGUCUCAUCCGUGUCCAAAAGGAAGCGCGUUCGUUUCGGCGCUCCCCUGUCCCCCGAGUUCUUCGAUAAAACUCUCCCCCCGAGUACCCCGCUUCAGAAAGGUGCCACGCCCUCACGCCCACCAUCAUCCACAGGGCGCAAACACUCCCUCCUUAAAACGCCGCAGAGGUUCGAGCCGCCUCUGCCUCAGCCCGAUUUCAGCAGCCCUGUAAGAAGCGCAGCAUCGCCGGUCCUGACUACACACACCUACAGCGACGGAGGACUGGACAGCGAUGAGGUGUUUCUGGACAAUCAAAAGAUCUCCUUCCCCAACAUGGACGAGGAGUUUGAUAAUCCACCUGUAGACAGUAAAGCUUCAGCUGAAAUCAGCGAGCUCACAGCGCAUCACGAGCCACUCGCUAAAGACGCCGAAAUCACGGACACUGCUUUUGAAGAAGAAGAAGAAGAAACCCGGCUUUCCUUCGCUGCUACUCCCGAUCCUCCAGCACAUCCUCCAACAGCAGAACCGGAGCUCAACACUGAACAAGGAGACCGGCUUCGGCCGCUGAAGACUGCCGAGUCCUCCGCUGAAGCUCCUCGCUCUCGUGGGAGAAAGAGGAAGCAACCAGCAGAGAGCGAGACCACGGAGACCAGAAGGAGCUCUCGCUCCGCCGCCGUGUCCGCCAAGGGCAAGCUGAAGACCUCAUCAGCGAAGAAGCGAUUUGGGACUAAGGAGGUGGACCGCUCGCUCUACGGCAAGAGAGACUACGCCUCCAAAAACCCUCUUCUCAGCCCCAUCAUCGAGUCAGCGGCCUCCAGCCUGAGCAGCACCCCGACACAACCACGUACAGGUGAGAAUCCUGACUCUAGUCCUGCUCCAGCUCCCAGCACUAAACAGAGUAAAACAGCAUCAUCUGGCACUACGGCUGAUCUGGUGGCAGCAGCUGCACUGUGGCGCAGUCGCUUCUUACAUCAAGCCAAAAACAGCGACUCGGACAGUAACCUGACCGACGAGAGCGAGCGCUCUGUCCUUACAGACGCUCCCGUCCAAUCAGAAGCCUCCGUGGAGUCUUCAGUCGUGCCUGCCGGUAGACGAGCGAGCACGGGUAGAGCCGGCAGAGGAAGACGAAACUCGGCGAGCCGUCGCCGGAGCUGGAGCGACCCCAAGGCUAAGGACGAGCGUGAGGUCAGAGAGCAGAAAACUGAGGUCCAUCAGUCAGAAUCUCACGAAUCCAUCCAGGAGGAGGAUCCAGCAGGAGAACAGUCCAUCUCUGAGAAAUUAAAUCGGCGCACGGAGAGGAAAUCAGAACCGAAAACUCCGAGCGGGGGAAGGCAGAGAGGACGGAAGAGCGCUAGAACGAAAAAUAGCUCAGUGGCGGAGGAAGAGGAGGAACAGUUAGAAGAACGAAGAGGAUUAGAGAAGACGUGUCAGGAAACGGUGGAAUCUUCAGGAAGUGAGAAAGAAGAAGUGGAGAAGAACGAUGAGGACGGGAGACAGACUUCAGGACAUGAGGUAGAGGAGAAGAACAACGAGGACGGGAGACAGACUUCAGGACACGAAGUAGAGGAGAAGAAAGACGAGGACUCGAAUCCGUCUUUAGCCCCCUUAGAAAACCUCGAGCCCUGGCAGCAGCCCGACUUCUGCAUCGAGGACGUCCUGAAGCCCGUAGCGAAGAGUCGAGGCUCGGUGAGACGCAGCCUGAGACACCGCAGGAGCAUGGACGUCCUGGCCAAAGGUCUAGCCUGGGUGGAGCACACGUCCCCGCAGAUGAUCACCACAAACCAGAGGAGGAGAACACGCGGCAGACUGAGCGCCGUCUCUCAGCCUCCUCCGUUUCCUGAUUCCGAGGAAACGCCGACCAACCAGUAGCUGCAGCUCGUCUUUAUUUUUAUUUUUUAAUGAAUUUUAAUUAGAUUUUAGAUCCGAUCUGUUGUUUAAGUUAUUCUGAAUCCACACGUCUUCAUUCCGACAGUUUACUGCUCUUUUAAAUCAUUAGUGAUUCAGAUUUGGCUUCUUCAGGAGGUUGAUGAUGUGAUUGAUGAUGUUCAUUAGAGGAAUCUUACGUAGAUCACUUAUUUCUAUCAUUUUUUUUUUUUUUAUAAGUUCCUACAUAACACUUCCAUAUAAUAUGUACAACUACAUCAAACAGAUUAAACAAAAUUCUCAACAAAUAUGAAAAAA